AUGGCUACGCUUCUUAAAAACGCUACAGAAUUCGUUGUAGUGUGUUUCUUCUUUACAAAUUUUUUGUUUGUCCCAUUAUUUUACCCAGUAAUAUUUGGUUACGUAAUCUUCUACACAACUUAUUGGUGGUUGGCUUUUUUGUAUAUAGGUUGGGUCUUUUAUCGUGCUAGAAACGCCGAGAUUCCUAGCCGAGAACCAUGGGAAUGGUUUCGAAACCUGUCGUUUUGGAACAAUUAUGGAGAUUACUUCCCAGUUAACCUGAUUAAGACUGCCAAUCUGCCACCAAACCAGAACUACUUUUUUGCGUAAGUUUUUACACAGGUUUCAGUUGCUUUAAAAUUAAAACGUUUUCGUAGGUUUUUUAAACAAACGAUUUCAGCUGGCAUCCGCAUGGAAUCCUAGGAUUUUCAGCUGGCGUAACACUAUGUGGCAGAGGUGCAGAGUUUACGCGUCUUUUCCCUGGGAUCACCAGACAUAUUGCAACACUAGAUGUUCACUUUAAACUUCCUGGGCGCCGAUUUUUAAUGCAAAUUUUUGGCUUCAUACCGGUUUCUUUCAAAUCUCUUACGUACAAGUUGUCGCGUAAAGAUGGUGGAAAUGCUGUGAUAGUGGCUGUUGGUGGAGCUGAAGAAGCAUUAGAAGCCCACGAAGACGUUUACAAGCUUUGUUUGAACCGAAGAAAAGGCUUUAUAAAAGUUUGCUUAGCCACCGGAGCACAUUUAGUACCUGUUUAUACGUUCGGAGAAACAAGUACCUAUAAACAAAUCAGCAACCCAGUGGGAUCGAAAAUACGGAAUAUGCAAGAGAUGGUUAAAAAGUACACCGGGGUGAGCCCACCAUUGAUUGUGGGAAGCUAUCUACUUUCAUACCUGCCUACAUUGAUGCCAAUUCGGACUGAACUUAAUGCGGUUUGUAAGUCUUUUUGUCUGUUUAAAAAUACAAAACGUAAUUUUUGCUAACGUACAUUCUAAGUUUUUAUUUUAAACAACAAAUUAUUAUUGCAUUACUUAACAACAAUUUGUCUUAGUUGGCGCACCGAUUCCAAUAGACAAAGUAGAUAACCCUAGCCGGGAAUUGAUCGAUGAGCUCCACGAGUUGUACAAGGCAAAGUUGGUGGAGCUGUUUGAGAGUCAUAAAACCAAGUACGGUGUUCCAGAAAAUGCGCAUCUUGAGCUGUACUAA